CUGGCAACCGGGCAGCCCGACUGGCAAUGCGGAAAUAGAUCUGGCACCCCCGAGCGCGCACUGAGGAGAGGAGCGAGCCGAGAGGAGAGGAACCACACAGAUAACAAAAAAACAACCACUACUAUUUCUUUCCUCUGUUUCUUUUUUGUUUUUUUGAACUGAAGCGCUCAGGUGCGCUCUCCGGCACCAGCUGGGCUUUUGAUCCAGCAUUUUCUUGUUUUUAAGUUUGAGAGGAAGAUUUUUUUUUAUUCGUUUGGAAUCGGGACUUCUUUUUACUGACUUUUCUUUUUCUUUUUCCUGCAUCAAGCAUGGAUGUGUUGGCGAAUUACAGUAUUUUCCAGGAACUCCAACUCGUCCAUGACACUGGGUAUUUCUCCGCGAUGCCUUCCCUGGAGGAGAACUGGCAGCAGACAUGUCUCGAGCUGGAGCGGUACCUACAGACGGAGCCUAAGCGACUCUCAGAGCUCUUUGAUGAGGAGUUGGAUUGUCUCUUAACACCGGCGUUCAUGCAGGGCAGUGAGAGCGAUGAGGACCUGAUGGACCCCCUUCUCCCCAACCUGCCUGAGCAGCCCAGCCCGCCUCCACUACUUGUAACUCUCCCCAAGGUCCCAGCCAAGAUCCUCUAUGUACCAAACCCCAGCAAGACCCAAGCAGAAGAAGGGACUGAAACCCUCACGACCAAGGAGGAAGUCCUUGGAGGAGUCAGCGCCGCACAGCUUAGUGCUGCCGUUACAUCCCUAACGCCGCCGUCGUCACCAGAACUUGGCCGCCACCUCGUCAAACCCACACAAACACUGACUGCGACGGCAGACGGUACCUUAACACUCAAAUUUGUGGCAAAGAAGGUGGGAUUAGGGGCUGCAAAGCUGGUGGCAGCACGGGCAUUACCGUCCCCGCCAAGCAGGGGAGGGACAGUCAGUGACAGCGAGCAAGGAGGAGGAGGAAGUCUGGGAGGAGACGUACCAGAGAACAAGAAGAGAGUCCACCGGUGCCAGUUUAAUGGCUGCAGGAAGGUUUACACCAAGAGCUCCCAUCUAAAGGCACAUCAGAGGACCCACACAGGUGAGAAGCCCUACAAGUGCUCAUGGGAGGGCUGCGAGUGGCGUUUUGCCCGCAGUGAUGAAUUGACACGACACUACCGCAAACACACCGGAGCGAAGCCAUUCAAGUGCAACCACUGCGACAGGUGUUUCUCCCGGUCGGAUCACCUGGCCCUGCACAUGAAGAGGCACAUCUGAGGGUGAACAGAAAAUGAGCGGGAGAGGGGAAGAAGUAGGGGGAGGAAGAAGAGGAGGAGGAGGAGGAGAGUUGUGAGGAGAGAGGGAUGGGCAGUCAAGCCGUCCGCCCGCCUCAUUCACCCCAUCCAAAAAAACAUGUCGGCAUCCAUCUGAGAUGGCCGUAGAGAUCAAACGGCCCGACAGCCUUUUCCAUCGAAGAAGAUGAGGGUGACUGGAGGAAAACGAGGAGUAGCUAGAUUGUUGUUUUUCUUAAAAAUUACACACUCACACACUUGCAAUAGAAAACAGUUCACACACCUGUCUUGAAUGCAUCAUCCUGGUGACCUCGAGCCGCUGUCAUGUUGCUCUGGGGGAUUGGACACUGCCAAAUCAACAUAUACUCGCUUGCCGAAAACAUAAUGCCACCUUUUUUCUUUCUCUGUACUCAGUGUUUUUUAACCAAUAGAAUCACUUUGGGUGAGGAGUUAGUUCAGUGGGUAAACUUUAAAUAUCCGUAUAGUCAGUUGUUUGUGCUUUAGCAGCUUCUGAAAUCAAAUACUCAACUUUCUUUCCUUUGUUUCUUACUGUUUUUCAUACACGGACUUUAAGAAACCAUCAUCUGCUGCAGUCAGCUUCAGUAAUCUAUGUGAGGAAAACAACAAAGCCAAAUCUGCAGGAGAGAGACUUUACAGAUUGACUUCUAGCAUGGCUGACAAUCGAACCCGGGGCUCGGACGCUGGGUGUUUUGGUGAACCCAUGGGGCUUCGGUCAGCGGGCGCUACUGCAACUCUCAGGCUCUCCUUCAGCGGGUGUUUGCAUCUCACCCUCACCGAGACGCCUGCCGCCUCCGCAGGCUACCUGACAGAAAUGCGCAGCGACACUUUCUUCCCUUUUUUUCUACUAAGAGGACAAUAAUUCUUCUUGUUGUUAUUGCAAAGAUUGAUACUUUGUUCUUUUCUCUUUCGGAGAAAAUGUCUUAAAACUCACUGAAUUGUUGUUAGAGAGAAAAAAAAAACUGAGAAUCUAAGAUGACUUCAACAGAAUGUGUGGGAUGAGAAGGAGAGCGUUGUUGGUCUUUUAAUCCCCAUGUGCACUGACUCUGCCUCUGCGGCCUGUAAGCAACCAGAGGAUGAACGAAAACCAGAAUCGCACGACCCUCGGAGAAUGGAUUUGUAUUUUUUAUUUUGGACUAAAAUCAAAGAGGAGAGCAGGAGUGUCUUCGGUUUGUUGUGCUACUCGUUCUGCUCAAGGAUUCACGAAAAGCUGAAAAACACAACCUUGUCCUGACCUUCAGUGGAAUCACACCGCACUGGAGUCAGACUCGCUGAAAACUGGAAUCUCGUUUGUGUUGUUUUUCGGUGGGGGGGGGUUUCGUUGAUUCUGAAAGUCAUCCUGGAGCGCUUUCACAGAAUCUAAGAUCUCAUCUCACUGGCCGCACUGGAAGGCCAGAGAUGAGGCCGCAGUGCUGCUGUUUCACGUGGGAUGGAAGACGCCAACCAACCUCUAGGUGUUGGAACCGAACAAACGCGGUCACACCGGCCCACUGGUCCAAUUUGCCUGUUUCGUAUCCAUUGACUGCACUGACCUUUUUUUCAAUGUUAUCUGUGCUUUUUUUUUCUACUGCUAAAAAUAUGGAAAAAAAAUAAGAAACACGAUGGAAAAAAAAUCAUAAAAAGGUUUAAAAAAUACACUACAAAAACAAUACUGUCUCGCUCUACACUUUGCAUACCGAACAAACACAUAUACUCCGUCCACACACACACACACACACACACAUACACUCACACUGCAGUUUCUUUGCUCAUGGCUCUUCUCGAGAUAAGACUAAUACGAUUUAGGAAAAUAAUUAUUAAACUAAUGAACGGAGUUGGAAAACAAAACACUGCAUGGCAGGCUUUAAUGCAAAUGCACACACACCAGCUCAUGAUGACACACACACACAUGCACACUCUUCCUGGAAUUAUAUGUUCUGCUCCCAAAUCUUUUUUCACAGUAGGAUUUUAGCGACUGUUGUUUAGUAGAAGAGUAUCUUAGCUCUCAGCUGGAGGUAACAAACGAUUUCAGAUCCUUUGAAGUGAGAAAUCAGCUUGUUCCCAGUUCCAACAAUCACCCACACAUCCUCCGCCACAGUUUGUGCCUCUCAUUUAAUCAGCGUUUUUAUCUCCAACUCUAGUUACGUCGUUGGUGACGAUUAAUUGCAAGAGCCACUUUUUUCAGCGAAGAAUAAAUCAGACUGAAACAACUGCAGCAGGUCUUUAAGCCAAAUUUUAAACAUGCUGGCAUUUCACGUCCACUUCCAUUUCAUGGAAAGUCUUGGAAAAAACAACUAAAUUGAUUUCAGGCAAACUGUCUUCAGGAUCACAAGCAUUGCAAAUUUUAGACUGUAAAUAAAGAUGGACGACGUGUCUUCACUUCCUCCUACUGUCCAGAUAUGAAGCCAAAUAUCCCAGAAACGAAUGCUGCCAUUUUGCGUUCGAUACACGCACCGAUUACGAGUCAGUCUCAGCUGUCAAUCCAGACGAUUCAUGUUUUUAAAUCAUCAAAUAACUGAUUAGACGGUCGCUCUGGGAGCACAUACCUCCUCCCAGGCUAAUGCCCUAACUCUCCAUGUCAAAACAGUGUUCCCCAUUAAUUAUCUAGACUGUGUCGUAUUCUAAUUUGUCCCGUCACAGUUCACCCCCUGUUACUGUCAUGAAUUACACUAAUUGAUAAUUAAUUAUUUUUAUGGAAAACCUAACCUCAUAAAGAAGGAGAUUAAGACCAAACUAACUGGAAACGUUAACACUUCAGUGUGAUGACAACAACAUAAAAUGACUGAAAAUGUCUUCGAGAAUAAUGGAUUUGGCGUGUACUUUGACUUUUCAGUUUGGUCCAUGUCCCGUCCAUCAACAUGGAGGAUGUGAGGUAGCAAUCUAGACCUAUCAACACACAAAGAAGCAUAGCAAAGUGCUUAAUAAGGGUAGGAAGAAGCUUGCAUUAGGCUUUGCUGAAAAUAGUGGCUCAUUUUUGUGAAUUUCCUGAAUGCAAAUUAAAUAACAUCAGGAUCUCAAAGAUAGAAGAUAAAACACGAGAGGUGGAAACUGGUGCGAGCACAUAUCCACACAACCUGCUUCCUUUGAUCAGUGGUUUGCGCGGAAAGAAAUAAACCUGCCCCGCAAUCAGGGCAUUACUGACAACCAACAUCAGCAGUAGCACUGACACUGCUGGUCCAUCCACCCACCACCACCUGCAGGCCCUGUAGCGCAUGCAUACAGUCUACUGCUCGCUGCUGCCGCUGCUGACUGGUGUAGGCUGGGUGAGGGUGCAAGGUUCCUGAAGCUGGCAGGAGAUUUCACAUCCCGUCGUGCCCGGUCGCCGUGCCAGUUGGCCUUGCCAGCCCUCAUUAGGUGAAACAGUGAAAACAUUCCCCUUCAGGGGGGGUUUAUGGUGCAGCUUCGAACAAUCGAUACCAAAAACCUCCAGCACGGAACUGCCCUUUAGCCACGGGCAGAAUCUCCCCAGUCAGGAGAGAUCAGCGGGGAACCGCCUCCGUAUGAGACCUCUGUAUCCAGCGGCAGCUUUCUCUACUAACUGUCUUUCUGCUAAAUAUGACACAAAUCAACCCACAUAUGAGAUGAAUCCAGUGUUUCAUGUUUCAUUUCAUUUCAUUAUUACUGUUUUUUUUUUCAGUGACAAAAUCUGUAUCGAUGGUUGUUUUCUUCAGCUUGGAAGAUGCAAGGUCACGCCAAAAUGUUGAGACAUGCAGAGGGAUGUAGAAGGACGUACAAUCACAGAGGGAUGGGGAUCGUAGCACUUUUGAUGGAAUGAAUGUGUAUUUGUGUGAGAGUGUGUGUGUGUGUGUGUGUGUGUGUGCGUGUGUCCCAUUAGGCCAACUGUGAGGGAAGCAGUGAUUAAGCAAAAUGGUUGAUACCAGAUUUCUUUUAAUUGUGCAAACACAUGGGAGAAAUGCUUUUAAUCAAAGCAAUGGCCUACAAUGUGUUCAUGAGUUUUUUUUGCUCUGACAGUUCAUUCAUUGCCCGAUGAUUUAAGUCAAAGAGAUGCAAACUUGCACUUAAUAUUGAAGCACGUUAAAUUAAUUGAAGAUUAAUUAAAUAACUAUUUUCUGUUUUUCCUGCCCAAAAUCUCAGGAUUUGUUAGUAAUUGUUCUGAUUGUUAAAAAAGUGAUGAAGUAAUAAUAAUAGGAGUGUCCACAUGUAAAUCAGAUCUUAAAAAAUCACAUCUGCUGCCGUGUAGUUUGAUCAUUUCAUUAACAAAGGAAGUCAGAUGCAAAAUCAGCAAGUCAUUUGCAUUUUGUACUCGUUUUCCCCGACACUUUGUAAAACCUGACGCGUCCUCUAAGCUGCUAAUAUCCCAAAAGAACCUGAUGUACAGACGAGAGUGGAUCAGUGUCAUCUUGCAGGUGGAAACAAAGGUUUGCCUGCUCCCUAAAUUACAAUUAAAGUUACAAAAUUGCUUGAAUUGAUCUUCUCCUUUUUUUUAAUUAACAAAUUUUAGAUGAAAAGCCAAUAAAUUGUGAAUAAAAUGAGCCUUAAGUAGAGUUUAAAAGAAAGUGAGACUUUCAGCACAUUUCUGCGAAACAAACGUCCCCCAAAAACUAUGUAAACGUACCAGAUUGUUGAUUUCAUUCACAGGUUUAAAGCAUAAAUGUAAUGCUACGUUGAAAUCGUGUUGCUGGCCAGACUGAAGCGACUCAUCGUUUCUCUCCUCUUUAAUUAAAAUCCCUCUCGACAUGUGGCAGAUCUCAAAGUCACUUUCGAUAUGACCUCCGAUAUCGUUCCCUCGGUGUCUCUCGGCCUGUUGAAGCAGAUUUUCUGUCCCUGCGAUUUGCUCGGGGUCUGCUGUCGUCUCUCAGCCAGUUAGUGGCCGUCCCGCCGCUCUGAUUAGCAUGAAAAACUUCCAGGUCCUGUUCUCUGGAUGCAUUUCAGCUAAUGAGUUAUCGCUCUAGGUCACAGGGAAACUCGGUGGUCUGAAAAAAAGAAAAAUCCCAUCAGUGACCUUGAGCCAGGUCUGUACCCAGAAGUUGAUGCAGGAGAAACAGAAUAUCCCGUUGCAAAUUCAAUUUGAUGAACAAAAGGAUUUCAGAAAUAAUUUAGCCAUGUGCAAAUCUUUAAAUCAGCCCUCGGUUUUUAUUCAUGUAUUACAGAUUCAAUAAAUUACGAUUUAUCUGCAAUGUCCCAUCAGAUAUUUAAUCUUGAAUCCCCCGACGCUCCGUCAUCCUCCCCAGUGGAAGUGCCAUCCGUGUUUCCCUCCAUCCUGACCCCCAUAGCUCCCACUCUGUCCACAGCAGUUGUCCAUGCACUAUAAGCUGCAGGAAUGCUGAAUGCACACUUUACACAUUUUGCCCAAAGAUUUGCAUAUUUGCAAGUUAACUGCUGUGAAUGUAGUGGAUGUAGAGGGAACGAGCCGAGAGGCAGAGACGCAGAAAAUUAGCGAUGUAUGGCAGGUAGAAGGAGAGGGAUUGUUUUUUGUCCCGUUUUUUUUCUCUUACACACUUGUCCAAUUAAAUCUUAAUUACCGGUUUGCUCCGAACCUUCAUGCUUCGUAUCAUUCUCGUUCUCGGGUCCACUGUCAGCUGGAGCCAAACUCAUCAUUCACAAAUGUAAAAUAAUGUUCUCAUGGUCUUAUAGGGUGCCCACUGUAGUGGCGCUAGCAGCUUAAGCAGGAGUGAAGUAGCUUUAGUUAAAGUUAGUUUCUUAGCACGCUGCAAAUAGCACUAAACAAGUCUCAUAUUUCAGAGUAAAAGGUGGACUGGAGAUUUGGGGAACCAAGGUGUUAUCACAUGAGUUCAUCAUCCCCAUGCAUCAAAUGGUCAAGAGGAAUCUCCUUUGGAACUGAAGGUGUUUUGACACUGGUGGAUAUUUUCAAAUCAGGGAAUGAUUUAUUUAAUAGCUUGAUAAAAAAUAACAAAAAAAUAAACCUUCAGAUUAAUUGAUAAGAUUGCUUUGCAGCCAUAGAGCAGUGUGUACCCCACAAAUCUAAACUUUUCACAAUAACCAGAAGCCGAGAAAUGCUUCUUUAACCAAAUUUCUCAUAUCUACGAGGUGAUUCCCCCUCAAACCCAGUGUGAAACAGCCUUUAGACGUCCUCCUUCUUUGACCACAGCCAGUUGUUUAGGCAUCGUCCUUUGAGGAACCCGGCUUCAGUUUCCACAGUUCUCCACCAUAUCCACCCGAAGUAGGAUUGUUACUUCUGGCAGCUUUUGUAAAUAGCGUGAGAUCUUACAGACCGCUCUGUGUGAAAUUAUCCAGCACCGUCUCAGACAUUUCACCAUUUCUAUAGGUCUACUUUAGUUCUCGCAAACGUUGCACUACAUGAUCAUACUUAGCUUUUGCACUCACCACAUCCGGGCACAGCUAGCAUAGUCUGUUGGAGCACUCAGAAAUCCACUUAACAUUUGUUACCCACGUCCAGGAUGCACUUUGCCACCAAGAACCAUUUACAAUGGGUCCACUCGCAAGAGAUCCGACUGAGAUAUCAUAACCUUCCAGGGCAAUGCCUUUUUCAUCACCGUCAGUCUGGGGGAUACUUUACACUCAGUCCAGCUGUGACUUGUUUGAACUUUCUUGGUAUCACUCGCAUCCCGGAGUGUCUGUCUGUCUGUCUGCCUGUCUGGCUGUAUGUAAUACUGUGUCUGUCCAUGCUUGAUGUGUCAGUAUAUAAGAGAUUCACAGAUCCUUUACUCCUCCCGUUGUGUCUGUCUGUUCUUACCCACCUCACCCUACCCCUCUCCAACUGGAGCCACAACCGUCAGAGCCCUCAGGGGCCCAGGUCGCCGCCAGUCCUCAGAUAUCCAGCUCUACUUCUCAAAAGCUAUGCAGCUUGGGAGCUCGAAGCAGUUUUUUGGGGAAACUGCAAUUACUUUUCCAGCUAAAUGUCCUCAGUCAGUUUGUUUAACUUCAUUCGACCUGUCCUUGUAGGUGCUUUUCCAUCUCAGUUCGCCUCUGAUGCCUAAUGCUAUCUCGUUAAGGUCUUGUGAUGAAGAACUACUUCAGUUGGCCCAUUGGUUUAUCUUUAUCUCUAUGUAUGUGGAUGAGGAUUGGUACCAAAUAAUUAUGUUUGUCUUUUGAAUAGACAGUAGCUACAUCCUCCAACUGAUUACAGCAUCAUAUCAAUCUUGGCCAAUUACAAAGAUAAAACUGUGUAUGAUGAAGUCUGAAAUGUGUUCCCACCUGUGUUGGAGAGUUAUUAUUUUCUUACGUCAUGUAUGAAACACAAAAACUAAUCUUGUCCACACUUUAAUGUAAAUGUAUUCAAAGAUGAACGUCCGCCUACAGUUGUAGAUGUAGGGAGAAUCAUUUGAAUUCUAUUGACACUCACUUAUGGGAUAAACCAUCAUCUUUUUUCGACGUAGACGUUGGUCUUGCCGAAAUGAAUGAUGCAGUAUGUAUUCAAUGAAAAAUCCCAUUUCCAAAACCUUUGCACUUCAUCUUGCACGUAACAUAUUAUCAUAACCAACAAGCUAAGAGGCAAAAGUGAUGAAAAAGAUUCAAGAAAUUUUAUGUACAUAGACCAAAAUUCUUACUUUGCGAGUUCUCCAAUAAAGAUUAACACAAAAAUAAGAUUAAACACAGAAACUUGCAGCAGGUUUGUUAAAUUUAUUUCAAUCAUUUAGCUCUAAAGUAAUAAAUAUCAGCAUCCACAUCGACUCAAAGAGAAAUCUGGAGACACAGAAUGGAUUUUGGUGCCAAGUCUCAUCCUAAUGUAUUGUAAAAUUGACCAAUCCCCAGGUGCCAUAAGGUGAAAGCGGGUAUUUAAGCCCCUUCAUAUCCAGUGUGUCCAUAGUCUGUUUAAGAAUCACAACUGUGUGUUUUCUGGGAUGAAUAGAUAAAAGUGAAGACGAUGGCAGACGUGUUUUUACCAUCUCCACAUCUCCGGGGCUCUGUAACCCUGACACCUCUCAUAUCAACCUGGGAUCACUCUCACCCGCCGUCCUCUCCUCUGUCACUGUCACAUCUGUUGAGUGUUUUUCUUUAUUUUUCUUUUUUUCAUUUUGAGUUCUCUUACGAUGUUUUCCUGUACAAAGUGUUUAAAAUAUUAUUUGUAUUAUAUGAUGUUAGUAAGGUAAUGUUCUUUAUUAAGGAAGAAGAAAAAUUUAUUUUUGUUACUGGUCUGUUUCAUAAUUCUUUUCUAAAUUGGUAUUGUAAGAUAUCUAUGCAAGAACUGUUAAGUGGAGCAUUUUUAUUUAAGAAUGUAAUAUGUGUAAUAAAUGGUAGAAUCUG